AUGAAACUGUUUGUGAUUGCCGCUCUUAUCGCUGUCAGCGCAGCAGCUCGCCUAGAACAUUUGGAACAACAGCAACAGCAGCGCCAAUACCUUCCACCUCGCCAAAACUCUGGCUUCGGUUUCAACAAUGGACUUGAUUCUUCAAAAAGACCCUUUGGAGCGAUAGCUGGUGCUUAUGGCACCGCCGGCCCUGAUUAUCCAGGGUACAAUGCUCGUGCUUCCUUCCCAGGCGCUUCUGAUCGUUACCUUCCUCCUAACCAUGGACCUUCUGGAUUGGCUUCUGGUAGUGUUCCCCAGUUUUCAGGUUCUGUCAACGGUUUUCGUGGACAGGACAUCUCAAGCCGUCAAGGCCUCCAGAAUUCUUUCGGUGCUCAACCCAGGUUCCAGUCACAAUCUGGUGUCAACCGUCAGUAUUUAGCUCCUCAUUCUUCUCAGGACAUUCCACAACAAUCAUUUGAUGAGCAGACAGGAUACCACUACUGA